AUGAAUUUUAAGUACAUAGUUGCAGUGUCCAUUUUAAUAGUAUCUGCAUAUGCACGAAGUGAAGAGAACGACAUACAGUCUCUGAGUCAGAGGGAUGUUUUAGAAGAAGAAUCCCUGAGGGAAAUCAGAGGUUACAAAAGUGCUGGUAAAUCAAUUUUAAACAGCUUGAAAAGACUGGAAGCCGCAAUACAGUCUCUGAGACAGAGGGAUGUUUUAGAUGAAGAAUCACUGAGGGAAAUCAGAGGUAUAGGAGGAGCCCUCCUAAGUGCUGGUAAAUCAGCUUUAAAAGGCUUGGCUAAAGGAUUGGCUGAGCAUUUUGCGAAUGGGAAGAGAACAGCUGAAGAUCAUGAAGUGAUGAAAAGACUGGAAGCCGCAGUGCGUGAUCUAGAUUCCUUGGAUCAUCCAGAGGAAGCUUCUGAAAAGGAAACCAGAGGCUUCAAUCAAGAGGAAAAAGAGAAACGCAUUAUAGGGCCAGUAUUAGGUUUGGUUGGUAGUGCACUUGGAGGUUUACUUAAAAAGAUUGGAUAAUUAAAUCCAGAAAAACUUUGCUUUCAUGAAUAUUUGUAAAAUGAAGCCAAUCAGAUAACAUAUAAUAAAACAUAAAUAAAGCACAAAAAAAGCUAUUUAAACAAGCUGCAUGUUUUCUACUCUGCUAUUAAAUAAAAAUCAUAUGAGCAAAA